GUAGGAACUCUGGAACUUGUUGCUGUCGCUGGGCGGGUCCUAUUGAUGUACGCUUAAGCGGGGGGUGUAAUUCUGGGGUAGGAAAAUCGAGUCAAGGGAGUUACAGCCUCAACGCUAGGCGUUUCGAGAUAUGAGAUUAGAGACUCUUUUUCUUUUCCGUCCUCUCUGAAAUUGCAAAACGAGGGCUGAUUAACUUGGCGGGCGAAGCGACGCUUGCGUUUCUGUUUAGGACGACUUUAACCCCCCAGUUGUGCAUGCACGGUUCCCCAAUCACACGGCAAGUUAUUGCGAGUGUGCCAGAGAAGAGGGAAAAAGGGUAACCCCACGAAAGAGGGAUGGUGGACAAUUCCGGUAGCAGCAAGGCGCAAAUGCCCAGCAUGUCUCAGGAGGGCGGCCUGGGGGCUGGCGUGAAGCUGGAGGCGGUGAUGGAGCAGCUCCAGCGGCAGCAGCAGCAGCGGCUGGAGAUGGAGCGCAAGGAGCGGCAGCUGCGCGAGGCCCACAUCAUGUACGCCCAGCAGAUGGCCGCCCAGCAGGCCAUCCUGGCGGCUGCGCGCGCCCAGGGCGCCGCCGGCUUCAUGGCCGCCCAGGGCAAGGGCCACCUGGCGGGGGCACACGGCGGCAGCAUGGCCCUGGCCAUGGCUGCUGCUGCUGGUGGCGGCGGCGGCGGGGGCGGGGGGAUGUCGAGAGCGUCUAACCAGAGCAGCGUAGACUCGGAACGCGAGGAUGAGGACGGUGGCGGCGGCGACGGUCGCGGCAGGAGAGACUCUGCGGACGACGACGAAGAGGAUGAGGACGAUGAGGAGAUGAUGGAAGGGGAUGACGUCAGCGAUGGGGAUGGAGAUGAAGAUGAUGAACCGGCUGCAGCGGCAGGCCUGGAGUACCUGCGCAAGCAGACCCUGGCUCUGCAGCAGUCCAUCCCCCGCGUGCCGCCCAGGCCCUACGCCAGCUACACGGCGGCCGCCCCCGGCCCGCCCCAGAGAGCUCCGUCGCCCCCCUCCGUCAGGGUGAAGCAGGAGCCCGAGGAGAGCCUGUCGCCGGCGGGGCCGCACUCUGCCGCCUCCCCCAACGGACAGGCCGACUGGAGCUACGACGAUCACUUCAAGCAGAAUGGAAGUGCGGCCUGGGUGGAUGACACAGACAGCCCAAAGGGAAGAGGGGAGGCAUCCAGAGACUUCACUAAGCUUUAUGAGCUGGACAGCGACCCCCAAAGAAAGGAGUUUCUCGACGACCUCUUCUCCUUCAUGCAGAAAAGAGGAACCCCAGUGAACCGCAUCCCCAUCAUGGCCAAGCAGGUGCUGGACCUGUACAAGCUCUACAAGCUGGUGACGGAGAAGGGAGGCCUGGUGGAGGUCAUCAACAAGAAGAUCUGGAGGGAGAUCACCAAAGGCCUCAACCUGCCCACCUCCAUCACAAGCGCGGCCUUCACACUCAGAACACAAUACAUGAAGUACCUGUACCCAUUCGAGUGCGAGCGGAAGGGCCUGAGCUCCCCCAGCGAGCUGCAGGCGGCCAUCGACAGCAACCGGCGCGAGGGCCGGCGGCCCAGCUACAGCAGCAGCAUGUUCCGCUUCUCGCCCUCGCCGAGCGGCGGCGCCCCGCACAUCCUCUCGCCUCCCAAGAUGCACCUGGGCCAGUUCGGGGCCGCAGCCGCCGCAGCAGCCGCUCUGAACGGACUCCAGCCCUCGCCGGGCCCCUCCCUCAAGAAAGGAGUCGUGGACGAUAUGACCUCCUCCAUGCUGGCGGGCCGCCCCCCUCUCUCCCUGCUGGGCCAGCAGCAGGUGGCGGCCGGCCUGGCACGCGCCACCACCCUGGAGCAGCUGCGGGAGAAGCUGGAGACGGGCGGAGCCAUGGCGGCCGCAGCGGGCGGGCUGGGUGGUGCCAUGGCGGCCGGGGGUCUGGGAGCCGCCAUGGCAGCGGCGGCGGCAGCAGCGGGCCUGACGGAGGGGCCGGAGAGGAAGAUGGCCAGGCUGGCGGAGGAGCAGCAGAGGCUCCUGCAGCAGGCCUUCCAGCACAACCUGCUGGCCAUGGCCUCCCAGGUCAACCCCGCCGCCAUGAACCUCCGCCUGCCCAGCACCAACACCAAAGGUAGGCAACCACACUGUACUCCUAUUCUAAUCAAGGACACACGAACCUCCGCCUGGGAAACACCAACACCAAAGAUAGAGAAGCAACAGGACAUGUCCCUCAGCAUCAGCACCUCUGGCUCCUCCAGCAUCAGUGUGUCUGUAGAGGUCAAUGGGACCAUGUACUCAGGAACGCUGUUUGCCCAAAAGUCUGCUGCUGCUACAGCCACAUCUGUGGCCUCCACAGUGACCUCUGCUGGCCCAAGUGGGAACUUUGCCUUCCCUCCCAGCCACAGCCCAGCCUCCAGCUCCUCCUCCAAGGGGCCCAGCUCAGCAGAGCCCUCCUGCAGCGGGUCCCCCUAGUCUGGGGGAAGCUCCGUACCCGCUGCCCAGGCUUGCCCUUUGGCCUAAGUAGAAUCCAGUACAUCAUUUCUAUAUGAAAAGGAGAAAGAAAGAAAAAAAGCAAAAACUGCUCUACAACCAGUACCUCAAUGCUCCUGUUGACCAUUGCCACACACACACACACACACACACACACACACACACACACACACACACACACACACACACACACACACACACACACACACACACACACACCUGUAUAAUUUGAUCUGUCUCUAUGUUGAACACAUUCACAUACACAAACACGCACACACAGAAAUACACACAAACACGCACAGUUUCAAUAUGGAGCAAAACGCUAAAUACAAUCAGAUUGUUCAGCCUAAAUCACGCUGACAGGUGUUCACAACUGAACUUGAAGAUGUUUUUAUUUGGAUUGUUUUUGUUUGUUUUAGUGUUUCAUUUUUUUGUUGCCAUUUGUUUCCGAUGUGUGUUUUUAGACUGACCCUUUUCUUUCUCUCUCUCUAUCUCUCUUUCUAUCUCCUCUUUCUCCGUGUUAUGCGGUUUCUUUUUUGACAUACCUCAGAUCAGUCCUCCAUUGGCAUGGGGGAAUGACACAAGUACAUCUGUGCUGCCGAAGCUUUUCGACUCUCGACCUCUUAGUUUAAUCUAUCUGCAUCACCAAUCUAUCUGCAUCCCCUGUUUGCCCUCAAAUCAAGAGAAGGGGUUUUUUUCUUCAAUUUUAAGGUUUUAAUUUUUGUUGUUUUUAUUUGGUUAUCUCUCCGUUUUGUCUUGGUAACCCCAUGUCUGUGCAUUCACAGCUGUCCAUCUCUCAUAUUCUCUCUUUCUCUUUUUCUCACUCUCUCAUUUUGCUCUGGUAAAGGGGAGGAGGUUGUUGGGUUUGGGUUCCAAAUACCACAGAUUGGAUACCAAGGUUCUAAUUCUAUUCUGUGAAAUGCAUUUGAAGCCUUUUCAACUGUCAGGUUUGCCACCGGAAACCUGGUUGAAAUUGCAGGGAUGUUGAGUGAGUGAUUCUGAUCAUUCCAACCUGGACAUCUGUUUUUCAACUGCAAAGAUUGGCAGUUGAGAGUGCUUCUAUCUUCUGAUGAACAAUGUCCAUAGAACUUGCUUUCAUGUUCACAUACACGUUCCCCAUGCCCCAUUCAUUCUCCCUCUUUCCUCUUCCCCCUUUAACACACAAGAAAUACCUCAUCAUACCUCGAGGGCGUCCCUGCCAGCAUGCAAAAGGAGAGGACGGCCUCAACAAUGUUACAAUGUCGCUUGAAAGAAAGAAGGAAAAGGGGCAUAGCUAAUCAUUGUCCCUGGUCUUCUCUUAUUUAAGUGUAUUCAGGAAGAUUCAAAAAGGUAACUUUUGUAUCACCCCAGAACCACUUUAAACCUCGGGGAGAAGUUCCAGUUCUCCAACUGCUGCUUUGUGUAGAAGGAAAUGUUUUUUCUAGAAAAAAAGAAGGGUAGUGAAGUUAAACUGGGAGAAUAGUGUGGAUUUAUUUAGGGGAUGUGGCCUUGUUUCGAAGGUUAACCCACCCACUAGCGGUUCUCCCAUUGGACUUUAUUUUUUAAGUAAUCACUUCUGCUAGUCAUGCAUUCAACCAAUCACUGUCGACCAGUCUGCUCAGUAGAACCAAUCACUGAAUCUCAUUACUGUAUGCACGUAGUUGCCUAAUACCAAACGAGAGAGAUGUGAGAUUUGUCUCUCUCUCUCUCUCUCUCUCUCUCUCUCUCUCUCUACCUCUAUCUUUCUACCUCUUUAGCUGAGCUGCAGCCAUUUUUCUAGUCAUCUCUUCUGGCAUGUAGAUUGUGUUUUGUGUGUGUUUUUUUCCGGAGCUACUGCCUCUAUGCGGCGAGCUUAGAGAGCACACAGUGGCCCUUCUCAGGAAAAGAAAGAAUGCCUCCUUGCUUUCCUCAGCAGACUAGUACACUUUCUCACAUAUAUUUAAAGACAACCCAGUAAUGCAAGAAGAAGAAGAAGAAAUGCCGAAACGAUGUUAAUCUUUGCCGUGUCUGGAGAGGCUUGACUCCAAAGACGAUACCUCAGACUCUCUCCCGGUGAAGAUGAACACUAACCGUUAUACCUCACAUGAUCAGUAGCUGGGGGUCACGACCCCCCUCUGUGGUAGCAAACAUGCGCUGGGGUCAGCAGUAAUUCAGGAUGUAACUCCAGCGCUGACCACAAGAGGGAGUCCUUGGGCCCUUCAUUUUUUUCCUCUUUCAUUUUGUCUUGUAGUAUUUUCUAUUUGCGUUUCUUUCAAACAAUCAAUUAUCUUUUGUUUUUUUCUCUCAGGCUGCAGACCAAUCAUGACUGGGAACAGUUUUUAGUUGGAUAGGGUUUUAUGGCUGUUUCUGUCCUUUUGUUUUCUUUUCUUUUAGUUUUUUUGUGCAUGUGUACAAUCAUGUGGCCAGUAUGUCAUGCGAAGCCUCAUGCGCGUGUGUGCUUUGUUUGUUUGCGCACGCGGUGAGCUCAAGCCUUCUGGUUCUCUCCUUGCACAGCUGAAUACCAAAGACCAUGUUAUUCUCCCUCUGCUCACUAGAGGGAGCCGCUCUCCUAUGGGCAGCUCAGUGUUGGUGAUUCACACUGUGUGUGCGCGUGUGUACAUGUGUGUGUGCCUGUGACUGGGAGUGGUAGUGAAUGUGUGCGGGCGUCUGUGUGUGUGUGCGUAUGCCGAAUGCCAUCACUUGUGUGCUGUCUGAUUUGCUCAGGGUGUGUGUGUGUGCCUGUGUAUGCAUGAGAGAUACACACAUCAGGAUGCAUGUUGACUAUGUCAUCGGUGAGCUUUGGAAUUAAUCUCCAUGUUUUACAAUGUAUCAAGACAUAGGAGGGGCAGUGUGCGAGCGUGUGUGUGUGUGUGUGAGAGAGAGACAUGUGACACCAAGACUCUGCUGUACCUCAUUUUUUCCUGUAUUUUCAAGACCACGUAUAAUGUUUCCUUUUCCUCUUAGCACCCCCCACACACAUGCACAGUGUGACUCUUCUCUCAGGUAAAGAACAUACAGGUGCAAAACCACAUUAGUUGGCGGGCAUGGGUAGCUGCGCUCUACUCGCCCAUCAAACUGUAUUGCGUGCCUAUAUGGGCGAGUGUGUAGGCAGGCCUUGUCGCCCACAUACACACACACACACACACACACACACACACACACACACACACACACACACACACACACACACACACACACACACACACUUGGAAUGCUUAUUUACUACUCACCCACUAGGACACUCAGGAGUGAAGUGAGACAAAGAAUUCAGGAUGUAGUUGCUGCCUUAACAGAAGCUGGGGGAGGGGAUUAUUUCAAUCAAUCAAUCAAUCAAUCAAAUAAUCAAUCAAUUUGUGUGUGCAUGUAUGGAGAGUGUAUAUGUGCGCGCAUGUGUGCGCUGUGUGUGUGUGUAUUUGAUCCCAGGCUGGAGAUGAACUGUCAGGAAACACAAUCCAAAAGUACGAAGUAAUUUGCAUUAACCACACCACUAGGUUGGAACCUUCUGCCUGACUUUGUGACGAAGACGUGUUUUAUAGGAUCCAUUUGAAGACUCCUUGAUGAUUUGAGACACUGCGUCUGGAUAUGCGUCCUUCAGUAGGCCUAUGUGUCACUUAACGCAUUAACAUUACUGUGAGUCUACCUGAGCUGUCACAGUGGGUAACAGUCAGGUUGGAUCUACUCUUUAUUUUGAGGAAGAGCUAGCCUACAACACAACACAACCACACACUGAGCAAGCUAGAGAGAGUAGUCGUGCGUGUGCGUGUGUGUGUGUGUGUCUGAGAGCAUUUGUGCAUGUGAAAACUUGGGACAGCACCAACUCGUAAGAAUGGAUCUAUUGAAAUCAAUUGUGAAGACGCCACAUUUGGGCUAGAGUCCGUAACUUCUAGUAACGUGUGUUGGUUCUUUGGCAGGUUACAGGCAUGUCCACAAAAUGAUUGUAGGUGGGCAUUAGUCAACAUGACGACGACCUUUUUGGUAUGCACACAAACCCACACACUCACAUACACCCACAUACUCAUCAGAACAAUGGCAUGUGUAGACUGUAGCAACUGGCUAAAGUCUUGAUUCAUUAUGUGCUGUUCAAUGUCGCUAGUUUUGUUCUUUGUAAAACGGAUGAGGUCUUGUAACUCAGGUAACUGUGAAUUGUGCAGAGCCUUGUCCAUUUGAAGCUUUGAGCUGUUUUUUACUGUUCAAAACUAACCUGAUCUGUGUAUUUUAGGUGCAUACAUAUGCAAGUGGUUAUUGAAUACCUCAUUUAUCAAUUUAUAUUGUUUUUUUUUUCUUUUUGACUUAAAGUUGUACAAUGCUCCAUUAUACAAAAUGAUCGAUGGGGCUCGUGCAUAUUUUUGUACUGUUGUUAUUAAUAUUAUUGACAUGAUAAUAAUUAUGGUAUUACUGAUAUAGUUUUUUUUUUCUUUUUGAAUUCAUACCAGAAAACGUUAAGGACAAAACCCAUGUGAAUGCUUGUUUAUGUGGUUUGUGCUGAUUGUAUUUAAAAAGAGGAGCACUUUCCCCAAAGGUGAUUUUAACACAUCCAGUUUUGUUCACAUUAGUAAUAUAAGAAAUAAGGUUCUCAGGGCUUUAGAAAAAUCUAUGUCAUGAUAAAAACUCACUUUAUAUCUGACAAA